AUGUCAAAGUCAUUACCUAUAAUAACGAUUAAUAAUAAUAAUGCUGAUACCACUAGUACACAAUCAAAACCACCUUCAAAGGCUCGUCAUAUUGCAAAAUACCCUGGUAAAAAGAAGAGAUCUGAACGAAAAAUAACGGCCAGACUACCCAGAUUACCAAGACAACUUAAUAGUGGUGGAUCUAGUGCAGAUGAAUACGAUAUUACACUACAUAAUGAUAUGAUGAAUCAAAAUCAAAACAUACCGAUAUAUCUUUCGCCAGCGGAGUCUUCUUCAUCUACCCCUUCAACCUUAACAUCAAAACCUCGAUAUUUUCUAUUAAAUAAUAAUAACGCAUCAAUGCCGGAUCUUUCAACGCAAAGUAGCAAAAAUUAUGGCAGUAUCAAUUCUUUUGGACGUUUAAAAAAAUUACAAUCAAGAAAAUCAAGGACUAGAAAUUUAACGACACAACUAAAAAACGGUAAUAAUAAUAAUGACGGAUAUUUUAGUGAAGACAGUAUUUUAUUAUCACCACCCGUAUCUGUGGUUAAUAAAUUUAAGUUUCCCUCUUCAAAAACAACAUCAACAAGAACAUUAUCAUCAUCUGCUAAACCUUCUACCAAAAGUGUUACUAAUGCGUCAACCCCAAUGAUAUUUCGUAGAAGGCGUAAACUCAAUAAUUCAUUAAAAAAGAAGAAACAAAAAUCUUUUAAUAUAAAAUCACCUUCAUUUUUAGCAUUUUAUCUACAAUCAUCAUCAAAUAAUAAAUCAAAUUUACAAUCAUUUCCUUAUGAACAAAUGACUAGUAUAAUACCAAAAUCUCCUUCUUUAUCUUCUAAUGCUUUCGAUGAUAGACUUUCUAUACAAAUGAAUUUGGAAAGUGUUCAAAAAUUUAUUGAUUUACCAUUAAUUUUUGUUUUUGAAAAUUUAACGAUAAAGAAUGAUAUUAAUGAUUUUUUACUUUUAAAAAUCGAAAACUUUAUUCUAUACUAUCAUAUCAUUGAUGAUAAUAACGAUAAAGAAGAUCAAACUUGGUGUAUAGAACGUUUCGGAUGUGGUAGCAAUGAUGAAGGUUUUAAUGAUAUUGAAGGAGAAAAAGAAAUUUUUGAUGGAGAAAGAGUAGUGAAUAAAAAUAAAAAAGAUUUAAAAUUAUUUAAAGAUGAUGUGUUUGAUAGGUUUAAAGGUGUUGAAUAUAAAGAACUUUGUUCUGUUGAUGAAAUAUUGUUUGAAGACGAUAUACAUCUGUUAACAAGGAAUGAAUCUGACGCAAAUCUGAAUAUAUUUGAGAUUCAAGCGAAACAAGAAACUUUAAUUCUCGGAACUUAUUCCUUGGAUGAAAAAAGAAGGUUUUUAAAUACUAUACGUUUCUUCACUGAUACAAAGAAAUAUUCCGAGAUGUUGAAAUAUUAUUCGAGAGAACAAUUACCUAUAAUUACGGUGCAAUCAUCAGAUUCUGAAUCGGAUGAAGAUGAAGAAGAUACAAUUGUACACAAAUCAAGGGAACUUGUUUCAAGCAUACGUAAAUUUCGAGAGUUGGACAGACUUGCAAAGGAAUUGGAUGAAAGCAUUUCGGUGACUAAAUCCAGAUCAACAAAAGAAAUGGAAGAAACUAUUAAUGUGGCAGAUCAAACUACUCAAGGAAUAGCGGAUAGAUUAAAUUUAAUUCGAACAAGGAUUCGUGAUAAAAGUGAAAGGUUAAAGCAACAUCAACAACUUUUGACAACUUUGAAAAUUCAAGUUGAAUUAGAAAAAAGAUCUUCUAAUAUUCCUGCUAUAUUUAGAAUGGUGUUAGGAGUUUUUACCUUGAUUAUGAUAAGUGUUUCAGCACUUGCGGUUAAAAGGUGGGUUAUUAAUAUUUAG